CGUCGCCAUUUUGUUUGAGUUUCUUCCUGAAGUUUGUGAAUUUGUACGACUUCCAUCCAAAUAGUGAAUUAAAACCAUCAUGGGGGCUUGUUUGGCGCUGGGUUCAAUUGGCAGCUGUGCGUCCUGUUUGUGCGGCUCGGCCUCCUGCCUCCUGUCAUCAUGCUGCCCUUCAACAUACAACUCCACCAUGAGCCGGCUGGCCUUCUCCUUCCUCCUGAUGCUCGGGACUCUGGUGUCAGUCAUUAUGAUCCUGCCAGGCAUGGAGGAACAUCUUAAAAAGAUUCCAGGUUUCUGUCGAGGCGGCUCGUCCAUACCUGGUAUAGAAAACAAGGUGGACUGUGACAUCAUCGUCGGCUACAAGUCAGUGUACCGCAUGUGCUUCGCCAUGGCCUGCUUCUUCUUCCUCUUCUCCAUCAUCAUGAUCCGAGUGCGCAGCAGCAAGGACCCCCGAGCCGCCCUCCAAAAUGGUUUCUGGUUCUUCAAGUUUCUGGCGCUGGUCGGCAUCACUGUGGGAGCUUUCUUCAUUCCAGAUGGAGAAUUUACUACAGUGUGGUAUUAUUUCGGUGCCACCGGUUCUUUCAUCUUCAUCAUCAUCCAGCUCAUCCUGCUCAUAGACUUCGCCCACUCCUGGAACCAAUCCUGGCUGGAGAAGGCAGAGGAAGGAAAUCAGAAAGGCUGGUUUGCAGCUCUGCUGUCCUUCACCAUCGUUCACUAUGCCCUGGCGUUCACCGCCGUUGUGCUGUUUUACGUGUUUUACACCCAACCUGAUAACUGCACAGAGCACAAGGUCUUCAUCAGCCUCAACCUCAUAUUCUGCAUCAUUGUGUCCAUCGUGGCCAUUUUGCCUAAAGUUCAGGAAUCUCAGCCCAGCUCAGGCCUGCUCCAGGCUUCCAUCAUCUCCCUCUACACCAUGUACGUGACCUGGUCAGCCAUGACUAACAAUCCCGACAAGCAGUGUAACCCCAGUCUGUUGAGUCUGGUCCAGCCCAGCAGUCCAACACCUCCACCUGCUUCUCCUACCACAGCUCCCUCAAGUGUCCAGUGGUGGGACGCACAGGGCAUCGUGGGAUUGAUCAUUUUCUUGUUCUGUACUCUUUACGCCAGCAUCCGAUCUUCCAACAACUCCCAGGUGAACAAGCUGAUGCAGACGGAGGAAGGUCAGGGUCUGACCGCUAACGAAGAGGUGGCAAGUGAAGACGGAGUCCGACGGGCCAUAGACAAUGAAGAAGAGGGAGUCACCUACAGCUACUCCUUCUUCCACUUCAGCCUCUUUCUGGCCUCCCUCUACAUCAUGAUGACCCUCACUAACUGGUACAAGCCCAACACCGACAGCUCGGCCAUGCAGAGUUCCAUGCCGGCCGUGUGGGUGAAGAUCAGCUCCAGCUGGCUCGGCCUGGCCCUCUACCUCUGGACCCUGGUGGCCCCGCUGGUGCUCACAGACAGAGACUUCAACUAAAACGGUGAAGUCUCACUCUAGGUGGUUGCUAGCCUCUCGCUAUUUGCACCAUAUGGAAAAAGAAAGCUUAAAGUUGUUCUGCUUGAUUCUUUGAUGUAGUCACGGCUCCACAUUUAAGGUUGGGGAUUUAAAUGGUGAUAUGCUUUGUUGUAGACUUUAGUCACUGUACAUCUUACCUAAAUGUUUAUCCUUGUGGCUUAAACCAGUUUAAAUGAGCAGUUUUUCAGAAACACAAGAUUGUAAGAGUUAAGCUUUAAUCCCACAUUCCACUUUCUUAUCUCAGGUUAUUUUUAAAAUUCUCUUUUCUUUACUGUUACAAUAUAUUAAAAUUAAGAGCACUAAGCGCCUUUUUUUAUAGAACAAGACCAAAUAAAAUCUGUCCAGAAAUGUUUUCUUUCACUACAUUUACAGACAUUUAUAUUUUGAAAUCAUUCCAUUUAAAUUAGUUUAAGCUAAUGUCAAAAUUUGUGAGAAACUUUUUGAAAUGAUAGAUUUUUAUUGCUCAGCAUCGUUCUAACACACGGUUGAAGUGCCUUCUUAUGUUUUGCACACAAAACCUAUUAAGAGGAACCUUUUUUUAUAUCUUUAAUUGUUAAUGUGACAUUCAGAUAUCAUUAUGUUGUUUCUUCCAUAUUUGCACCUUUUUAUGAUAAUCAAUAAAGCUGAAAAAGAAAAAGG